AUGAACAUAGAUUUUGAUGAAGAAAAGAAGCUAUUGCAAGGCUCACGGGCUGACUGGCCAAGGGCUGAGCCCCUCCGUGAUUUCUGCAGGCAGACUGAAGCAGGACAAAGCAGGAGACGGCGAGGGGAGGCAAGGGGCAGAGAGGAGGUGACGAGGGCGGCCCAAGAGAAAGGGGCUGACGGCAACAAAGGCAACAGGAGACAAGGAUCUGGAGCUACAAAUGGAAAAGACAAAACAUCUGGUGAGAAUGAUGGACAGAAGAAAGUUCAAGAGGAAUUUGACAUAGACAUGGACGCGCCAGAGACAGAAAGGGCGGCAGUGGCGAUACAGUCCCAGUUCAGGAAAUUCCAGAAGAAAAAAGCGGGGUCCCAGUCUUAGCAGCUACCUCACACCUUAAAGCAAAGUAAUCCUGAAAUGAUUUAUCAGGAAAAUCAGAAGUAACACAAAGAUGCAUGUACAGAAAUUCUCAAUAUUUAAAACCCUGUUGGCAGAUAUCAAACAAUGAGCUUAUGCGUAACUUCAUCCCAGGUGUUUCACACCUCUUAACUUCUGUAACUCACCAUUUUACUUGAUGUUGUAAUAAAAAGUUAGGAUGAAGUAAUUAAA